AUGCAUCGUAUUGCUGAAAAAUUGUUGGCUUUUAUAUUGAUUGUGCAAUUUUCUUCUACUCAACAAGCUGAACAGUCCCCUCUCCUUCGUUGUUUAACUGGUUACAGAGAUAGACAUGGUAAACUCUCCGAUUGCCCUCCCAAUAAAGUAUUUUCAAAAUGUGUUACUACUUGCCCCAAAACAUGCCAAAAUCCCUAUAUAAAAUCCAAUAAUGAAAAUUGUUUGCGUGAUUGUCGUUCCGGUUGUGUUUGCGCAAAUGGAACAAUUAUUGAUGAAGGUCGAAGUGGCGAUUGCGUUCCUCAAGAUGAAUGUACAUGUCAUCAUCAUGGAAGAGUCUUUAUGCCAAAUGAAAUCUUACUUCGAAAUGGAAAAAAAUGUCAAUGCAAAAAUGGUGGAUGGGAUUGUGUUGAACAAUCAAUGACAUCCCGAACAUGCUCAGUAGUCGGUCUUACUCAUGUCGAAACAUUUGAUGGAGCCUUACUUACUAUUAAACCAGGCAAUUAUAUCUUAGUUAAAAAUAUUGGCAAAAAAAGUACACAUUUCCAAAUUGAAGCAGCAGUAAAAAAGAAUUUUAAACGUCAAUUAAAAUUUACCAUUGGUGUUAACACUGUUGUUUUAUCAGAUAUACAUUCAAUUAUAUUAAAUAAUAAUAAACUUGAACAACUUCCAUUUCAAUCUGCUGAUCUUACUAUACGUCAAGCUACAUCACAUUUUAUUUUAAUUGAAUCGAAAGAUAUGCAUAUUGCCUAUGAUGGACAUAGUGUUUAUGUUACAUUAGAAUCUGCCCAUCGAGAACAUGUACGUGGUCUCUGUGGAUCAUUUGAUUACAAUCAAGAUAAUGAUUUACGUUUACCAAAUGGUAAAUUAACAUGUAAUGCACAUAUUUUUAGUGAAGGUUAUCAAGUUAAUGAUACUAAACCAAAUACUAGUACAGAAGACGAUGUACCUGAAAAUUUUGAUCGAUCAGAAGCUGAAAAACAAUGUCAUCGAAUCAAAAAUAAUGUUUGUAAAUCUGGUGCACAUGUUCAUGGACUUAUUUUAUCUUGUGUCGAAGAUCAACGUCAUACACCAAUUCAUAAGCAUAAUCGUGCUUCUUGUUAUUGGCAUUCCAUAUUUGCACAUGCAUGUGCGUUGGCUUGUAAUGAUCAUCCACAAAAAAAUACUAAAUGGCGAGGUGAAUGUGAAGCAGUUUUUACCCAAUGUGGUGCUGGAACUGUCUAUGAAGAAUGUCCUCAUUCAUGUUUAAAUUCGUGUUCCGAUAAAGCAGACAAACAUGGAUCACACUCUACUUGCAAAAAAGAAUGUAUUGCCGGUUGUGUUUGUGAAAAACAUCAUUAUUAUGAUACACAUCAUAGUACACAUGAACCAUUAAAAUGUGUCAAAGGAGCAGAAUGUUCAUGUUUUGAUGAGCGAGAAAAAUCAUAUCAUAAAUCUGGUACAAUUAUAAAACGUGGUCACUGUUCAACUUGUAUUUGUAUACGUGGUCAAUUCCAUUGUAAUAGUGAUAAAUGUGACAAAUCGAAUAUUGUUUGUCCAAAUAAUUUAAUCUUUACUGAAACAAGCUUGACAGCAUGUCCAAAAACAUGUUCGAAUCAUUUAGAAUGGCAAAAUUGUCAUAAAUAUCGAAGCGGAUGUGAUUGUCCAAAAGAUAUGAUUCGUGAUGAAAAUACAAAUCGUUGUGUAUAUCCAAAACAUUGUUCAUGUAAAAUGAAUGAUAAACUAUUUUCGUAUGGUGCAAAAGUAACUCAAGAUUGUAACGAAUGUACAUGUACAUCAGGACAAUGGUCAUGCAGUAAACUAGAUUGUUCACAUACAUGCAGUAUUUUAAAAAAUAAACAUUACACAACAUUUCAUGGACAACAUUUAAAACUUAAUAGUGGUUCAUGUGAAUAUAUUGCAGCUCAAUUGAAAAAUCAUAAGGACAAAUUUACCCUUAUAUUAAGUAAUAGUGAAUCGAAAAAUGAACAUUCAUUACAAGGCCGUAUGACUAUUGAUGGAAUAAAUAUUUCAUUUGAAUCGGAUAAAUCAAUCUAUGUCAAUGAUAAAGCUCUCACCACAUUAACAUCAUCACCUGCACAUUAUUCAUCAUUUACAAUUCACAAAGCUGGAUUAUUUGUUGUAAUUAAUGGAACUCAUUUUAUUCUUAGAUGGGAUAUGGGUAACCGAAUUUAUUUAACUGUGGAUAAGAAAUGGAAAGGAAAAUUAGAUGGUGUCUGCAGUGAACAUGGCUCUUCAAAUAAAGACUAUGUCAUUCAAAAGCCAAAACAUGCAGAUAGUUGGAAGAUUGAUAGUGAAUGUAAAGUUGAAGAAAGUAAACCAACAGAUGAUAAUGAAGAAAAAUCGAAAUGGGCACAUGAAAAAUGUGUUGCUGUAUUUGAUGACAGUUCAUCAGCGAAAAAUCCAUUUUCUUCCUGUCUAAGUAAAUUAAAUAACGAACGACGAAAAACUUUAUAUCAACAAUGUAUAGAAGAAACACACAGCUGUAAAAUUGAUGCUCAUAAUUGUGCUCAUAUUUGUUCAUGGUUUGCUUCUUUAUCAGAACUUUGUCGCAAAGAAGGACAUCCAAUUACAUCUUGGCGAAAUGAUGAUUUUUGCUCUUUGACAUGUGAUGAAAAUGAAGAAUAUAAAUCAUGUGGAACAAUAUGCCGAAAAACUUGCAAUGAUCUCGAUAGUACCUCAAUGAAAAAAUGUUAUAAUGAUUCAUGUAAUGAAGGAUGUUAUUGUAAAGAAGGUUAUGUACUUGAUAAUAAUGGUGAUUGUGUUAAACCAGAAGAAUGUUCUAAAAAAACCACUGGCCGACCAAGCUCCGCUACACAUCAAUACACUGAAUCUAUUCCUACGAGUGAAUCAUCAGCAACAAAAAAACCAUCAAAUUCUAUGGCUAUUAUACCUGAAGAUGUUUUCAGUGAGAGUAGUCCAUUUGCACCUCGUUAUUUUGUUAAACCAGAAGCACCUAACAAACCAACGGAUUGCAAUCCAGGUGAACGUGGUAUUACUUUUCCAACAUCAGACAAGGCUUUUAUUAUAAUUUUUCCAUUAACAACACCUGCUGUAGUGAAAUCUGUUCGUUUACCAGGAACAAAUAAUGUCGAUCAAAUUCGUGUUAUGUUUUUGGAUGAACAUGAUAACCCAAUAAGUGGUCAAGUAACAGAGAAUGUUCCAUUACAGAUAACUUCUAAACUGGAAAACACACCAAGUAUUAAACCUGAUUCUCCAAAGAAAGCUAGUGCGGUUCAUAUUACAUUGUUACAUACGAAGAAUAAUAAACCACCGCAAGGUGUAACAGUGGAAAUCAUCGUUUGUGUUGAGUCGACGAAAACAACACCGAAACCGUCUGUAACGACGCCUCAUACAGGUGCUACGUCCUAUACUAAUGACACAUCUCCACCAUCAAAUACUGCCGAUUUAUGCAAACCCAAACGAAAUCCUGCUGCUCUAGUUACCAUGGGUCAAUGCGUUUCACAACACGAAAUCCAACAAGAUUCAUGUGGUGGCUAUUGUACGUCAUUCGAACAAAUGGAUCCACUCAGUGGAAUUAUCGCAGAAAAAGAAUGUUUAUGCUGUGCACCAGAUUCAACUUAUUUGGAAUCAAUAGUCAUGAAUUGUCAUAAUCCAACGACAGGUGUAACUGAAGAAAGAACAUCUCAAAUAGUUCGUAUUCGAUCAUGCAAAUGUAACAUGUGCCUAGGAUCUGCAGGAAAAUCUGAUACCAAGGAUAUCACAUCAUAUGAAGCACUCGUUGCAGCAAAUAGUGCAAAGGCAAAAACAAAAACACGACGACGUUAA